GAGGUGGAGGGGAGAGCAGAGAGAGAGAGCGAGCCAGAGAGCAGAGAGGGAGGAAGAGAGAAAGCAAGAGAGCGGGAGGGUGCGCGGAGCGGAGCGGAGACAGAGCUCGCGGGCAUGAGAUGAGAGCGGGAGGAAGCAGAGGCAGAGGCGGAGCAGGGGCGCAGGUGCCUGCAACCCAGGAUCCCGGGGCGCUAAAGGCUUCGGGUUCGACCGCACGCUCAGUCGCUGGCUCCAGAGGUGCUGCUGGGGGCCAGGGUUCGCUGCCGCGCGCCAGGUGCCUGCCCGUGAGGCGGCGCGGGGCUCCCGGGUGGCUGCGCGCCCAGGCGCCUGCCCGGGAGGCCGCCUGAGGCUCCGGGGUGGCCGCGCGCCCUCCUGGGAGCCAUGGCGGCUGGGGCCGGGGGUCGCCGGGCGGCGGCGGCGCCGAGGGGCUGAGCCGGCCGCGGGCAGCGCCAUGGCGGCGCCGGGUUGCGGACCCUGAGCGCCGGCGCGGGGCGCGCACCAUGAACUCGUGGGACGCGGGCCUGGCGGGGCUACUGGUGGGCACGAUGGGCGUCUCGCUGCUGUCCAACGCGCUGGUGCUGCUCUGCCUGCUGCACAGCGCGGACAUCCGCCGCCAGGCGCCGGCGCUCUUCACCCUGAACCUCACGUGCGGGAACCUGCUGUGCACCGUGGUCAACAUGCCGCUCACGCUGGCCGGCGUCGUGGCGCAGCGGCAGCCGGCGGGCGACCGCCUGUGCCGCCUGGCUGCCUUCCUCGACACCUUCCUGGCUGCCAACUCCAUGCUCAGCAUGGCCGCGCUCAGCAUCGACCGCUGGGUGGCCGUGGUCUUCCCGCUGAGCUACCGGGCCAAGAUGCGCCUCCGCGACGCGGCGCUCAUGGUGGCCUACACGUGGCUGCACGCGCUCACCUUCCCAGCCGCCGCGCUCGCCCUGUCCUGGCUCGGCUUCCACCAGCUGUACGCCUCGUGCACGCUGUGCAGCCGGCGGCCGGACGAGCGCCUGCGCUUCGCCGUCUUCACUGGCGCCUUCCACGCUCUCAGCUUCCUGCUCUCCUUCGUCGUGCUCUGCUGCACGUACCUCAAGGUGCUCAAGGUGGCCCGCUUCCAUUGCAAGCGCAUCGACGUGAUCACCAUGCAGACGCUCGUGCUGCUCGUGGACCUGCACCCCAGUGUGCGGGAACGCUGUCUGGAGGAGCAGAAGCGGAGGCGACAGCGAGCCACCAAGAAGAUCAGCACCUUCAUAGGGACCUUCCUUGUGUGCUUCGCGCCCUAUGUGAUCACCAGGCUAGUGGAGCUCUUCUCCACGGUGCCCAUCGGCUCCCACUGGGGGGUGCUGUCCAAGUGCUUGGCGUACAGCAAGGCCGCAUCCGACCCCUUUGUGUACUCCUUACUGCGACACCAGUACCGCAAAAGCUGCAAGGAGAUUCUGAACAGGCUCCUGCACAGACGCUCCAUCCACUCCUCUGGCCUCACAGGCGACUCUCACAGCCAGAACAUUCUGCCGGUGUCUGAGUGAAGGACCGCGCUCCUGCUGAAGAGUUUAGAAUGAGUCAGCGGUGAGAAGAAGGGUGGGAGGGCGUGGGGGCCCCUGGGUGGACACCACCAGCCACCAGUCCCUGGCAUGCCCAGUGAUCCUGGUUCCCUGGCUUGUAGGGGCUCCAGAGCCUGCUUCCUGGUUCCUCAAGGGCAGAUAUUGGACAUUCCUUAUUUGUCACCAAAGGAUGACUGUAGGCCGUGUGCUGGCCUUUCUUUCUAAGAAGCUGCUUUGAGCUCCUGGACUCACCUGAGGCUCCCUGGGGGAUGACGCUCAGUUCUGUCACUGUCAAGGAUGCAGAGAGCUGGUGGUAGGUGGGAAGCAUGGUGUCCACCUGCCUGCUGACCACUGGACGCUGCUCCAUGCUGAAGAAAAGUGAGUCUCCAGGGGACAUUUCAGCCAUGCUGAAAGGGAGGCUGGCAGUGGUCAUUUGGCCCGGAUCUAACAUGGCACCUCGUCUCCACAGGGUAGUGGUGGCUGCUUCAACCCAAAUAUUAUUCAGCUGGUCCUAACGACAUUGUGCCCAGCUGGGACUCUUGGGCUCUGUGCCUGAGGGAAAAUGUUUCACAACUAGUGGCUGCCCAAUUGCUGCUGACCAGUUGUCUUAGAAAUGGUCAAUUGGAUUCAACUUUAGUCCUCUCCUUCCCCCUAAAAGCGAAUGUUUGUGUGUGCAGACAAUCUUAGCAUGAAAAUGGUUUAAAUAGGCUGGUCCUACAUGUAUUAGGUUCUUUCAAGUUUGACUGGGAGGUCACCUUUUUCUGAUUUACAAGUCCUAAUUGUUGGAGCUCAGUAAAGGUAGGAGGAAGGUGGCUGGUUGGUCCUCCCUUCCCCCUGUUUGUGACCUGAAUUUACAGGAAGUGUUUCAACUUGUCUUAUGCAUCUUAUCUGGCAUGUCCUGGGAGAUGGAUGGGCAAGAACUGGCCUGAGCAGGGAUUUUUGCCUUGAUUUUAAGUCACUGGGUUCCAUUGUCCUGGCACCUCCAUUUCCUUAGUUUCUGUAAGCCUAUUAACAGAAAGUAGAGGCUGUUCAAGGUUAUCAAGAAAGUGCCCUGUGCUAAUGAUGAGACAGUGAAUUUUUUUUUUUUUUCGAGAUGGGAGUUUCACUCUUAUUGCCCAGGAUAGAGUGCAAUGGUGCGAUCUAGGCUCACCGCAACCUCUGCCUUCCAGGUUCAAGUGAUUAGAGACAGUGAAAUUUUUAUGGAAUACUGCACCUAUAAAACACAUGCCAAUCUGUUAGCAGUCCUGACUUGAUUUAAUAAAAACCAAGGAGAGCCACCCCUGCUUUCUGGCCAUCUCUUCUUUGUCUACCAUUUCAAAUUGACUUGUGAAUACUCAGAGCAGUUAUUUUUCAAUCCUCCACUCUAAGUGAUUCCUCCAGGGUGGGAAGCACGGGGAGCAAUGGAAUCAGAUGGCUCAUUCUCUCCUUCCAGCUCUUUACAUCCUAACUUUGGAGGUAUAGAAGGAAGGAUGUGGUCCAACGGGAAGGAAGUGAAGAGUCUAUUGGUUUUUACUUCUAGGCAGUCCCAAUUUUUAAAGGCAGAGAAGUAUCUGCAUCUUUAUUUGAAAAGACGUCUUAUUAACUCUUAGCUCCUCAGUUAGAAAACAAUUCACCUGGCUUAGUCUUGUCUAGUUUCAAAGUUUCCACGGAGACUAGAAUGGAGACAGGUGUAGCUUCCAAGGAGGCCUUGGCAUCUUGCAGUUGCUGUCAGAGAUGGGCUCAUGUCUGCUUGGGGAAGCCAAUGGGGCACAAUCCUUCCCAAUUUCAUGAUCUGGGGCAUCAUGUUGGUAGCUGAAGUCAGCCACGGUGGGAGUGUUUAUACCAUGAAAAUCAGCAAAUGCUAUAAAUCAGGCCUUUUGCCCCACAGAGAGCUGAUUUUGAAACAUCUACUAGCACACCACUGCCAGACAUGACUGUGUGUGUCCCUGAAACAAAAUUGCUCUGGCUCAGAGCUCCUUUGGCCACUCAUAUUACAAUAGCAACAGACAUUUGCUUCCUGGUGGCAAGUAACUGUGCACCCUCCAACAUCCCAACCCCAGAAGGACCAGUGGGAUUGAAAACCAGCAGAAGCCAAGACAGGAUGCACAGCUGAAUUGGAGAAGAGUAGCUCCCUUCUCACACAAAUGCUUUCAAAGUUGGGCAAAAGUGGCCCAGUGCAUGAGGUCAGUCAACAGCCAAAUUCCAGCAGCAAAAUACAUUUUCAUCAAUAUCACUUUGGGAGAAUAACUGUGGCACAUGCUCUUUCUGCUUUCUCUGUACUAUAUAGGCAACAUGUUGUACUCCCAGUAGCAACUAGAUCUCUUUUACCUCUUCUUUAGCCAAGAAGCAAGAUCUGUCACCCACAACAUCACAUAUCUUGAAAAGAUGCUUUUCAUAAUUUUCACUAUACCUCUAAAACCAAUUGUACCGGCAUCACAUAGACAAAAACUCCAGAUAAAUCCAUUGAUUGGGUAUUUUCAUUAUUAUUUGGACACAUGAAUUAAAUCCCAAGGGAAAGUGAGAAGAAAAUUAAUGUAUUAGCAACCAGUGUUAGCCAACUCUGCUGUAAUUACCUUUAGAUAAAUGUUUAUUUUCAUCUCUAUACAGUCUAUCAAAUUUGCCCCCUGGCUUUAUUACUCCCAAUUGAAUUAUCUACCUCAUUUUGUUAAUUUAAUUUAUCAAAGGUAACAUUGUUUUCUCAGGUAUAACACAUGGAAACACCAAGAUUUUCAGCGUCUGAAUCAAACUAAAAUUACUUGCUUGACUUCACUCCAGGGUGAGAGUUGACCUUUAAGGCCCAAACUCUGGUGAACUGUUGGACUGGGUAGAAAUCUUUCAAGAAGCUUGAAAGUAAGGCCAUAAAGGAGGGGCUUUCAAAUUCCUAAAUCCACACAUAGGGCUGAGUUCCUAGUCCUACACAAUCAGAAUUUGCCUUUUUAAGUCACCCUGCAACUACUCCGGCUUUUUAUAUGGCACCUUUCUCAGGGAGGGGAUUUUACAGCCGAGGGACCUCCAAAGGGAAUGUCCAUUUGCAUGUGUGCCCUGGUAUUUAGGGUUUGUCUCAUGGUCAGCUCGCCUCUCAAAGAUGGCUCACCAAUCACCUGCCUGUUUUUACUUAGAAAGCAGGCUUGGGCAGGAGGGGAAAUGGAUUUGAACCAUCUCAGACCAACUCUAUCUCUUCUAGGACUCAGCUCAGCCUCCUGUCCCCAUGAGCAAUAAAACUCUCUCCUUAUGUCUGUGAAAUUCGUUUUCUUUUUCAUGGUGCCUUUCUUUCUAAGAAAAGAUGGAAAGAAUGGGGCCAGGUUCAUGUCCCGGUUGUCACCCUUUUACAUGCUUGGGUGCAGGUAGCUGAGGCCUUCCCGUGGCUGCAGUGUGACCCUUGGAGGAACCAAAGCCUGUGCAUUGUUAGAAUUUAGCCCAGAUGCAGGAUAAACUAGUUUGCCUGAGUUUAAUGAGGAUAUUAUAUCAGGUACCAGGAAUCCCUUGGGUCAGCUCCUAUCCUCUGGACGGGGAGCACCAUGGGAAAAAGAGGUCCGAGUCAUAUUUAGGGCUUCAUGUGUCUGGAAGGGAGCCAUUAGCUCUUAAAUUAUUCACAGAAGUCACCACGGAAGGUUGUUUAAAAUACAGAUUCCAGCAUCCCCUCCUCAGAGAUCAAUUUCAGCAGGGCCAGGCAGGACCUGGGUUUCCGCAGUUUUAAUCAUCGAUGCCCAGGUAACUGAUAGGAGUUUUCUUCAAACCAUCCCCUAAGGAGAAAUGAUCUUAGACACUUGGAUAAACUCUAUAGAAAACUGAGUGUUUCUAUGAAUACCUAUCUAGGUUUCAAUUGUCUUGUAUCUUUCCCUAAUUCUCCAAACAGUUCAAUCUCCAGCUUUAUUCAAUGGCUGGGCCAUUUUGUUCUUGGAGGGACAAAAUUGACCUCUCCAUGAAAUUGCAAAAACCCAUCUUCAUUCCUUUUUAUGGGGCUCCAGGUCAUAAGGAUGAGAUAUAUUUGGGGUACUGGCAGAGGAUGGCAGAGCUGGCUGGCUCUGAGCCAGGAAACCUUGUUAGAGGAAGGGACUGUGGCAUUCAGAGGGGUCCCCUUGUGGGUACUUGCUUGGGUCUUGGAUCAAACUCUACUGGGGCAGCCUGGCUGUGGGAGGUGAUGACAUCCGCCACCUCUGCCACUACCCAGAGCUUGUCCUGCCCUCUUCCCAGCCAGCCUCACACAUAGGAGCUGAGCCAGGCUGAGGCAAGGUCAGCGAGAGACAGUUCUGCAUGCCAGUCUCUGGGUGUGGGUCUCUUGUUGGCUCCCAGCUCAUCCCGUGUGGCUGACCCUUCCAGGUCACUUGGAGCAGCCAGUAAUGACAGCGUCCUAACAGCUGGUGGGUAUGGAGGAAAGACUAGACAUCAGGCUAUGGACUCACAUGGAGGGCCCUGGUGUUGGCUCUGGGACCUGGGCUGGGCCGGACCUGGGGAGAGGGUGGGUGGAGCUUGGCCUCUGCAGUUUGCGCUUGCAGGUUCAGGGGAGAAAGUUGUCUGAGAUCAGGGUUUAGGGGUAGUGUUUCCCAUUAAUCUUCAUCAUAAUCUUUUGAUGUAGGUGCUGUUAUUAUCUCUACGUUACAGAUCUGGGAGGAUUUGAAAGUCCUGGAGACAGGGAGGUUUUGGGGAGAAUGCAAAACAGGGCAGGGCUCUCAAGGAGGGUGGACCAGUGACCAUGGGGAAACUGAGUGUUUCUAUUAAUAAGUAUCUAAGUUUCAAUUGUCUUGUAUCUUUCCCUAAUUCUCCAAACGGUUCAAUCUCCAGUUUUAUUCAAGGACUGGGCCAUUUUGUUCUCAGAGGGACAAAAUUGAUCUCUCCAUGAAAUCACCUGCACCUCACUCUGGGCAGCUCUAGGCUCAGCAGAUGUUUUUCUGCCAUUAGGAAACAGCCCCUUACUCUCAGCUCCUGCGCUAACACCCAUACCCACCAGCUGGGCGUUGGGACCUCUCCCGUCAUAUGGCUGCCACUUGCUUGGGAAGGAAUUCUCUAGACUCCUUUUACUUUGUAUGUGUUUCUAGGGGAAUUCUGAGGGAAGAAGCUUUGCGGCAACCUCUGUGCCCAGAACAUACAGCUCACAAGCCCUUUGUGCCGACAGGGAAUCUAUCUAAUUGUUUUAGUGUGUGAGGCUCAUUGUCAGCCUAGAUUUCCCUGAAACUCUGGGCCAGCAGCCCCCAGGAGCAUCAGUAGGACCCAGCAUUUCCCCUGGCACCAAAGUGGACCUCUUUGCACCUUGCAGCCGGGAGAACUGACUUAGAGGGCCCUGGUGUUGGCUCUGGAACCUGGGCUGAGAUGGAUUCGGGGAGAGGCUGGGUGGAGCUUGGCCUCUACGGUCUGUUCUUGCAGAUUCAGGGGAGAAAUUGGUCUGAGAGCAGUGUGGUUUGUAAGUUCCCCAACUUCCCCGCUGGCUCACACUGUCUCCCCAGACCAAUGGCCUAUUAGCCCCCAAAAAGUUAGUCCAACCCCAGGCCAGCUGCCUUUGCUCUGCUGUGGCCUAAGUUCUGGCCUGGUCAAAGGAAGGGGGCAGGAACUCCAGGCUUGCUCCUGCCUCCUCACACCUCAUUCCACAAAUGCGGAGCGAAAGAGCAGGAGCCAGACACUUUGGGGGGUUGACUGUCUAGAAAGGAGGAAUCAGAGGUCCCAAGGAACACAAUCGUGCAACUUCCUAGGGAAUCUGCAUCAGGAGAAAGAAGCAGCUAGGACACACGGUGGCUUCACUCAGCCUGGCCAAGAUAUCACUGCGCAGAAGAAGAGAUCUGUCAGGGGUCCAGAGGAGCGGAGUCCUGGAGCCUCUGGGAGGGCAGCAUGUGGCAGCUGCAGGCUGUGGUCCAGAACUAUAAGCAGACUUGCCUGUCACUCUCCAAACAUUUACUGAACACCUACUGUGUGCCAGGCCCUGUGCUUUGUCAGGCUCUGGGGGAGACAGGUCAUUACUCUGCAGUGUGGGAAGCGGGGCUGCCCUGGAAGUGUGUACUCAGUGCUGUGGGGGUACAGAGGGAGGGCUGGAGAACUUAGCUGGUGGGAAAGGAGGGUUCUGGAAGGCUUCUCAGAGGUGGUGGCAUUGGGCCAGAACUUACAGUAGGGAAGAGCAUGUGGCAAGGCACAGAGGAGAUGGGAGCCUGCCUGGUGAGGGGUCCAGUGGUGACAGAGCUCAGUGUGGGUCCAGAGAUGGUGUCAGGUGAGGGCUGAGAGGGGAGGGCAAGUGCCCCUUGAGAUGGGCUGAAUGCGAUGAUGAUCUGUGGCCAGUGGGAGAUGAUAGAAGUCUUGAGGUUGGGAAUAUAAGAAUUAGGUCUCUUUUAGAAAGAGAGGACAUGGAGAAAAUCCAUAUAUUUUUAGCUACCAAAAAAGAGAAGGAAGAAAGAAAAGAAACAAGAAGAGAAGCAAGAAUGGGAAAGGAAGGAAGAAGGAGAGAAGGAAGGAAAAACAAAGGAAGGAGAAAAAAGGAGGGAAAGAAAAAAGGAAGGAGGGAGGGGAGGAAGGAAAAGAAAAGGAAGGAAGGAAGGAGUCCUAGCCACUUCUUUCUCCUGAUGCAGAUUCCCUAGGAAGUUGAACGAAGAAGGAAGGAAGGAAGAAAGGAGAGAAAGAAGGAAGGAAAAUGAAUCUCAUUCAUUUUGAGGGGCAUCUUCAUUACACAGCGUGGGGAGGGAAGCAUAAUUCACUCUUAAGAAACCAACCACACCAGCCAGGGCCCAUCUUCUGACAAUAUCCUGAAGGGUUCGAAUGUUUGUCUUCGGUAGGGAGUGCCACACAUUUAAUAUCA